CUGGCUCAAAUGACACGGCAGGAGGACAGGAUAAGUAGUAUCGACAUUUUGUUUUGCAAAACAAAAAAACGAAACAAAAAAUUAACCAAAAGAGGAAGAAAAACCAACACAGCGGAACAAGUUUACACAGCAAAACGGUGAAGAAAGUGUUUGCAAUUGGUGUACUUCGGCUUUAAGGAGCCCCGGCGUUUGCUGUUUUUUUUUUUUUUUUUUGCUUCAUGUAUAAAAAUAGCAGAGAGUAACCGCUGUUCAAAUGCAGUGGCUCCGCAAGCUGAUUCGACCCCGGAAUGUGUUCUUCGCUGUGAUCUAGUCUUCAUCCGGGAUUGCAUAUUAUAGUUCAUGUAACUUUUUCUUUUGGCUACAAGAAUUUGUUCAGCAUGAAAUACAUGACUAAAUAGCGUGGGAAUACAAUAAAUAAAUAAAUAAAUAAAUAAAUAAAGGCGGACUGAUGAUCAAAAAUGCGCAUAUUUUAAGCGUAUUAAAAACAUUGUAACCGUGUCUAUCACUCAGACCGAUUCGAGUUCCAGAAGACGACCCCCCCGGUUGUCUGUCUUGGCUAUGUGUAAUAUAAACAUAUAUAUUAUUAAGCGACCCUUUGGAGCUGAGACGCGAUAGGCUGCUUGCAUUUGGUCAUUGAUGAUUCAGACACGGAGGUUGUAAUCGGCUUUAUCUAAGGAAUUUCCUUCCCCUUGUGCUGUAGCGGUUUCUUUCGCUUGGUUAGAAGUAGUAACCAUACUGGAAUUAUUAACCAAGAUUUUUAAAGCAGUGUAUUUAUUUGGGGGGUUCUGGAUUGAUAUUACUCUUUUUUAAACACAUAUUAUUAAGAUUUUGGAAAUGGGAACCCAGGGUCCUGGACGAAAAAGGAAUCCUAACAGAGACCGAUUGACGGCCGAGGACGAUGCCUUAAAUGUAAUUGCAAGAGAGGCGGAAUCCCGGUUGGCUGCGAAGCGAGCUGCACGGGCGGAGGCACGGGACAUCAGAAUGAAGGAGCUGGAGAGACAGCAGAAAGAGAUCUAUCAGGUUCAGAAGAAAUAUUACGGUCUGGACAACAAAUGGGGCGAUAUCGAGCAGUGGAUGGAAGACAGUGAGAGGUACUCCCGUCGAGCACGGAGAAACACCUCGAUGUCCGAUGACGAUGAGCGAAUGUCCGUGGGCAGCCGUGGCAGCCUGAGGUCAGACUUCGACAGCGCUGCUGCCUAUGGAGGGGCUGGCUCACCCAAGGACAGGCCCAAGAAGAAGAAGAAGAGUUCUAAAGCUACCAAUGGUUUUGAUGAAGGGUACCACGGAUCUUCUCAGAGUAGAAAGUCUAGUAGGAGCUCAAGGCACAGCGAUGAGAGUAGGAGAUCCCAGUCAUCCAGACAGGAGCAGCUACUGGGGAAUCACUACUCCUCGGACCUGUACAGUAACAGCGGCCUCUCCUCCUCCUCCAGGCCCCAGUCUUCAGCUCAAAAUGGAACGCGGCCUUCCAUGCUUUGUAGCGAUGCCCUUCCGCCUCGGAGCCUCAGGGGCUCCCUGUACGAGGAGAGUGUGCACAGCGGGACACGCCGCUUUAGUGCCCCUAGCUCUCGAGCUCCCUCGGAGUACAGUGGUUUCCCGGGCUCCAGCUCCCGUGCUUCCUCCCGGGCAAGCUCGGCCCGCGCCAGCCCCGUGUUGUUGGAGGACUCCAGCUCCAUAGCAGGAUUCCUGCGCAGCACGGCUCACAGCAGCAGCAGCAGUGUGCGGAGUGACCUGGAUGACGUCACCAUUCCUGACUUCCCGGACGUUGAAGAAAGACCGGAGAGGGACUUUGCCGAAAAGGGAUCCCGCAGCGCUUCCACCCUAUCGGCUGCGACUCUUGCCUCUUUGGGCGGGUCUUCCUCCCGGAGAGGAAGUGGAGACACCUCGAUCUCGGCCGAUACAGAAGCCUCGAUCCGAGAGAUUAAGGAUAUUCAUGAGCUAAAGGACCAGAUUCAGGAUGUGGAGAGCAGAUACAUGCAGGGGCUCAAAGAAAUGAAGGACUCCCUGGCCGAGGUCGAGGAGAAGUACAGGAAGGCCAUGGUGUCCAACGCCCAGCUGGACAACGAGAAGUCCAACUUCAUGUUCCAGGUGGACACCAUGAAGGACUCUCUGAUGGAGCUGGAGGAGCAGCUGGCUGAGACAAGGAGAGAGUUAGACGAGAAGGUUAAGGAACAUGAAAGAGAAAGACACGCCCACUCUGUGUUACAAUUCCAGUUUAACGAGAUGAAAGAAAACCUCAGACAGAGUGAAGAAUUGUUAGCUGAAAUUCGGCAGCUGAAACUGAAGCAGGAGAGCUCUGUUAGAGAGGUUUCAGACUUGCAGGAAACCAUCGAAUGGAAGGAUAAAAAGAUAGGGGCGUUAGAGAGGCAGAAGGAAUAUUUUGAUGUGAUCCGGACUGAGCGUGAUGAGCUCAGAGACGAGAUUGUCUUGCUCCAGGAUGUAAUAAAGAAACAUGGGAUAGUCCUAGGCGCAGAGCUGACAACCAAUGGAGAAGUGGGUAACACAGUUCUUGACAGCACAGUCCACGCUGACUCUGUGAAGCGAUCAGUGCCGGACUCCACUCCAGUUCUGCAGACUCCUGGGGAUGGGCUAAUCGGCAAAGCCACGGAGGUGGAGAUGAAAAUUUCGCUUUUGGCGGAUGUUGGAAAUAAAGAGAUCUUGCAGAGCGCCGGGGACGAGGCUGAAAAGCAGGAGAGCUUGGAUGAUGAUGCUGAGACACAGGAAGGGCAUGUCGGUGAAAAGGCAGAAGAGAAUUUGGCUGAAAAUGAACAGUUGGCGUCAGUGCCUAGUGAUGACAUACUAAAUGAUCCAGGGGAUGUUCAGCAACGGGAACAGAGUGACAUUGCCAGUCAGGCCUCUAGUUAUUUGCUUGAGACCGCAGAGACUGACAGUACCUUAGGCAGUAAUGCAAUUGCUCAGAGCUCAGUUGAUGACAUAAAUCAAAAUGACAUUCACGAGCACAGUCCAGUUCUUGAGCUGACAUACAGUGUAGACAAUGGAAUUGUAGAGGCCAACAGUCUGAUAGCAGAAGGAGAGAUCAUGAGUGAGAGGGAAACAGAAGUGAUUAACAGGGAGGAUGAAGGAGGCAAGGAAGUGGUGCAGGUAAUAAUAACAGGACCAGAUGAUGAUAUGGAAAGUGAGACUGAGCAAGACCUUUCCGAUAAAGAAGCUGAAACUACUGAAAAGGGUAAUAGCGAUGGUCAACAAAGUGUUCAGAGUGCAGAGGAGAUGAGAAUAGAGGGCGGUGAGACUAAAACCCAAGAAGAAAGCUUAAACAGUAACAAGGAAGAGUCAAUAACAGGGAGUGCUGUUACUGACAAAGUUUCAGAUGAAGAGAAUGCAGAGCAUGAAGUUGCUCAGGAUCCUACAGAAAAAGUUGAUGAAGCUAAUAGUACUGGUAAGGAAAGAGUUCAGAAAGCCGCGGAUUCCUAUAUUGAAGGCAAAGAAACACAAGAAGAGAGUGAUGUAAAGCAAUUAACAGAAGAAGUAGAAGUCGAAGGUUUAGUAAAAGUUUUGGGUGAAGGGAAUGCGGAAAAGGUUGAGCAUGAAAUGGCUCCUGGUCCUACAGAAAAAGUUGAUGAAGCUAAUUGUACUGGUGAGGAAAGAGUUCAGACUGCCAAGGGUACCAAUAUAGAAGGCAAAGAAACACGAGAGGAAAGCCUAGACAGAACAAAUCUUGAGGGAAGUACAGCAACAGAGGGUGAUGUAAAACAAGUAACAGAAAAAGUAGAGGUCAAAGAUUUGGUAAAAGGUGAAGUUUUGGGUGAAGGGGAUGCGAUUUAUGAGCAGGGAGAAAUAGAUGUACUGGUGGAAGAAAAGGAGCCAGUGGCAAGUACAGGAAAUAAGGAAAAGGUUGAGCAUGAAAUUGCUCCUGGUCCUUCAGAAAAAGUUGAUGAAGCUAAUUGUACUGGUGAGGGAAGAGUUCCGAAAGCAGAGGAUACCCAUAUUGAAGGCAAAGAAACACAAGAGGAAAGCAUAGACAGCACAAAUGUGAAACAAAUAACAGAAAAAGUAGAGGUUGAAGGUUUGGCAGUGGACAAAGUUUUGGAGGAAGAGAAGAUGAUUCCUGAGGAGGGAGAAGUAGAUAAAAUAAUGGAGAACAAGGAGCCAGGGGCAAGUACAGGAUCUGAGGAAAAGGUUGAACAUGAAAUUGCUCAGGGUCCUACAGAAAAAGUUGAAGAAAAAGUGAAUCAUGCUGGUGACGACAGAGUUAGGAGUGCUGAGGAUAUCAAUACAAAAGGAACACAAGAUGAAAACAUAGACAGCACCGAUAUUAUGGAAAUUACAGUGACAGAGGGUGAUGUAAAACAGGUAACAGAAAAAGUAGGGGAUGAAAGUUUGGUUCAGUUAGAGAAGACAGGCAUUACGGGUGAGUGCCAGGAGGAGUUGGAUAGUGAUGUAGUGAAGAGCAAAGACGGAAGUUCAUGUGAGGUUCAGAAGGAGCACGAGGAACAGGAAGAGGUUACCAUGGAAACCAAAGCAGAGCAGAUAAAAGAGGAAGUGACCAGGGAAUCUGUGACACCUUCCUUAGAACAUGGGCAGGAAUCCGGGGAGAUUGAGGGUAGUGAAAAUGCCCCACAAAGUAUUGCGAUUGGAGAACCAGAGACUUUAUGCAAUGACAGCACAGUCAUGGAGGAGGUGACUGUGAGAUCAGACAUCCAGGCUGGCAAUGAGAAACAAGAAUUUGUUUCUUUAGAGACUGAAACAAAGCAGGAAGAAGUGGUCCUAGCAGGAGAUGGAAUGACCCCAACCAUGGACCACCAUGAGCUGGAUUCCGAGGACAAAGGUGUAAGUGAGGAAGCCUUACCACACAGACCUGAGGAUGAACCAGAAGUUAGUUGUGAAAGUGACACAACCAACAACAAUGUAGAAGGAAUGACUGAUGAGAAUGACAGUAAAGAAAAGCAUGGAGAAGAUUUGACGGCUUCGUGUUUUGUAGAAGAAGUAGACCAAGGAGAAGUCUCAAUACCUCUGGAAGAUAAGGGUGGAGAUAUUGAGGAAGCCAAGAACGAGGUAGGCAACAGCAGCCAAAAGGAUGAAGGAGAAGGACUUAAACAAGACGACUUGAAGGAAGAUUCUGAAAAGAAAGUGCAGAGUCAGAAAACUGAAGACCAAAACAAAGAAGAUAAACUUGAAAAUGAAACCAAUUUAAAAAGUCGGACUGCAGCAGAGCAGGGUGUUGAAGGAAUAGCAAAUGUUGAAACUGUACAGGAAAAUAUCAUGGGUAGAGUCAUAGCUCAAGGGUCUGGAGAUGAUGUAAAAGAGGAACCUUUGUUUGGUGGAGAGGGUCAAAAAGUAAUUUCAGAAGACUACAUUAAGACCAUUGAAGAAGAAACGAGAACUGUAAACAAGGAAGUGAAGGGAACAGAGAGUCAAAACAUAGAUCCAGCAGUUGUUAAAGACGUCUUUGAGUCUAAGGGAGAAACAAUAGUUCAGUGUGAAAUCUGUGUGGAGAAAGUAGAGGUUGAACUUGACCACCAAGACAAUUAUUUAGAUGAAGAAAUACACCCUGAGAACCUUGAAACAGUUGGCACUGUCGCAGAGGAUAGUAAACCCAGUGAUAACUCUGAACUGGCACCAGCAGACAAAGUGGUGUCACAAAGUACCGUAGAAGUAGAGACCCUUAAAGAUGAGAAAAUCAAUCAGGGUCUUGAGCCAACAAUCACAGCGGCAGAUAAUAUCAAAUCAGAAUGUAUGUUGCCUGAUGGCAGUGAGCAGGAGAAAACUGAUGAACUGAUUGGCAAAGAUGAAACAGUCAUUCAGCAAACUACAGCCGAUAUAAGCGAAGAUGCUAUAUUGGAGGAAAUGGCUACUGCUGAGAAGAAAGUUGAUGUAUUUAAUUUGGAGAAAGAAAGAGAGAGUAAAGACCAGAAACAUGAACACCAAGACGAGGCCCAGGAAGUGAAGCAAGAGGUAACUUCAAAAGAAGAGGUAAAAGAAAAGAGUACGGAAAAAGUGGAGGAGAACAUUCCUGACGACAUCCAAGAAAAAGAGCAAGCACCUGCUAAAGAGGAAAAGCAGGAUGAGACACAGCUCACACAAAAGGAAGAGGAGAAAGGCGAGGCAGAGGAGGAGGAGGAGGAGGAGGAGGAGGGGGAAGAGGACAAUGAGGAAGACGAGGAAGGAGAGAAAUUCGAGUUUGAUGAUGAAGUGGGACAGGAUUUGGAGGAAUCGGAUCAGAAAGUUUGCCUAGAAGAUCCACUUAAGGAAAAAGAGACACAGCAACAGGGUGCUGAAACAAACGAUAGUAGUCCUGUGACCAAGACUGAUAGUCAAGAUAAAGAACAAAGAAGUGAGAAGGGAGAUGUAGAUCAGCUUAAAACUCAAGAUUCAGAAAGUGAAAAGACAGGGGGAGAGCAAAACCAAAAGGAAAUGGAGGAGGUGUGUUCUGCUGGUAGUCAGGGAAGUGUGAAGGAGUCGGGAGAGAGAGGGCAGCAGGGUGAGGACGGGAACAAGCAAGGGGACAUAGGGAGGGAGCUCGAGAAGGAGCUGGGAGAGGGUACGAAAAGGCAAAGUAUCUCUGAAGACAGUGUAGGGGAACCCGUGGGGCAGACACCAGACAGCGUACAGGAUACGGAGGACAGCAAGUCAGGAAGUACUGAGGAUCUUGGAAAGCAAGAUGCAGCCAAGGGGAGUAAGAAAGGAAAGGGGAAAAAUAAGGAUGAUUGUCGGAUAUCAUGAAAAGUGUUUUAAUGCAGACUACUCCAAGGUGGGACAAGUGAGAGACUAAUUGGAUAGCCUUGUGCCAGAAUAACCCAAUUCUCAACUAGUAUUUAAAGAUGUAAAACCGACAAUUUUUAACUUCAUUAUGGCAUGAGACCAUCCAAUUAUUUUAAUACUAAAAUGUAAUUUUGGUCUACUAUAAAGAACCUUACAAAUCACAAAAAAGUACCUGCUCAUGUUACAAUUAACAUUUACUUUUACUUUGAUGUUUACUGUGUUUCAAUAUGAACUUACAUUUCUAUCAAGUAGAAAGCCAUGUAUUAGAGGUAAUUACAUUUGAAUUACCGAUGCUUAUAACUGUAUACAGUGUUGCACUCAAGAUUGUGAGAGAAACCGGACACUUUGUGUUAAUUACUGUUUUGUUAUAGUAUGUGAUCUUGGUUCCAACUUGCCUCUAAUUAGAGUUUACUAAACUUGUGGCUUUUGAAAAAGUUCACAGUUUAGCCAGAAGUUUGAUUACUGUACACCCACCCAAUUACACGAUUACUCUUCUGGUUUGUCAAUAUGCUGUAUGUGGUUAAGAUCCUUAAUGUGGAUUCCCUGAACUGUGGGAUUCCGUGUUAUAAUGAAGAGAGUAGUGCAUUAGUCAGGAUACAGAAGAAAUAUCCUUGGUAUUUGUGCUUAUUCUACUGUAUAUCAACUAUUUAUUUUCAGAGAAGAUGUAUUCUGGUUAGAGUAUAGUAAUACGUAAUAAAAGAAAUUGCAAUUCCAGAAAAGGAGGAUGUGAUUUUUUUUUUCUCCUUUAUUGUUGUUGACUAGAUACAUUAACAAAGUAUAAUAGCACUUUAUUAUGUAUUAAGUGAGUUUUGGAUUGGGUAAUGAAAGUAAUAACUGCUGUGUUGGUAUAUUGACACUGCAAACUGCAGUGCUGUAAAGAAGUUAUUUUGCAGUCAGUACAGGUCCGUUUGUUUGCAGUGUUAUUGAGGAUAAAUUUGACUGAAGUAUUUUUGCUGUGUAUAAAUACUUCCAUGUAUGUUUUUAUUGUGUUUUUUUGGUGUGUAUUAAAGUGAGACGGUGAUUUAAAAAAAACAAACCUUGCUUAUCGGUAACAAAAUAUUCAAUCUAAACGGACAUUAAGUCAUAAAUUGGCAAAAUCUAGUGUAAUUUACAGUUCACUUCGAUUUUUCUUUUUUUAUAGAAUCCUAAAAUAAACCAUUUACAUUUUAUUUGUCACUUUCUGUACCCGUAUCGCACCUCCGUUUAAGUCAUUGGAAAGAAUUUACAGGCAAGUACAUUAGGAUAGAUCGAAGUCUUUCCGUGAUUUUCAUGCAAAUUCAUUCUGUGCUUGUUUUGUAACAUUUAACAGUUUUUCUUUCCCAAAAAAAAUGAUGAUGCUUUUGCACUUUUCAGUGUGUUGUGAUCAGUGUGUAUCUUACAUGAUUCGUUGUACACAUAACUGAGCUAAACAUUUUAGAAGAACUGCUGUCGCCUGUUGCUGGUGCCGGCUCACCAUUUAUUGUCUUUUAUACUUCACACACACACACACACACACACACACACACACACACACACAGGCAUACUAGUGCUGGGAGGAAUUUGUUUUUAUCAUGUUUCUAUAUUUGUUCUACAUUUUAGAUCAUUAUCACUGUAGGAAAACAAACACUUACAGUAAGGAGCAAAAUUUCUUGGCUGGUGAAGUUUUUGCCCUUUUUAAUUUUGAUUGACUGUUUUAAAGUUAUGUUAUCGUUAACAAAACAUUUUAACAGAGAAGCGCUUCCCGUAACCAUAGGCUACUGGGAGGCUUUCUUGACAAGGGUUUGAGGUUUAAUUACAGCACACUUUUGGUAUAUUAAUGUAAACUGAUUAAAUGCAUACAGUAUUUCUGGGAAAACACAUAACAUGCGUCUGAUUUCUAACAUUCAUUUUGUUUCAAUAUUUGAAUAUCUGUCCCAGCACUAAUAUUUAGUAUCAGUCAACAGUUGGUCUAAGGCUUUACCGGCUGGUUUCACAGAUCCUGAUUUAGCACUUGUCUUGAACUGCUUUACCUAAAAUAACAUUAGUUAGUUUAAAUUAGUGAUAAUCGGGGUCUGUGAAACCAGUGAAAUAAAUAUCACAGAGGAGCAAGUUCUGAAGUGUCAUUCAUGUGUUGCCACCGAAGAGCUCUCUGCUUUCCAAAUGCAAAUAUUAGAUCAGUACUUGAUAAGAGAAUUUAAGUUGAACCACAGAAUUUUUUUUUUCUUUUUUUUGGCAAGUUAUUGUAGUGUGUUUUUAAAUUAGCUGGAAUCCUUAAUUUCUUUUAAAAACCAAAGAUCAGACCACCCAGUUCCAAUUGGAGAUUGUACUAUAUAUCUAUUUUUUUAUGUAAUGAACUGAACAUCUGAAAAAAAUAAUCAAUAAAAAAAAAUCUACAA